GUGUCCUUGGAGUCUUUGUCUCGCUCGGCGUGUCUUCGUUCAGUCCCCGGCAUUCGUUAUCUGCGCCUGCUUGAAGACAUUGGGAGCAUUUGAGCAUUCGAGGGACGCUUCACUUUUUUUCGCUCACUCCUGCUUCAUUUGACCGCUUUCUGCUUAUCUCGACAUUCGACACCGCGCCUUCUUCGACCCUAUCUGUACCUACCUUCCAUUCGCCAGCGGACACGUGCGCUAGCCUCAACGAUUCAUUGAUCUUGUCACUUUUCAGCAAUUUCACCAUACGACAACACCUGCAGAAAUCUGACCCUUCUGAAUUCCUAUCACUUGCACUUUGUGCAAAAGUUGUGAUCUGUGAACGUCGAACAACAACCAAUACAUCUACAGCUAUCUUUCAUAGCGUCCAAGCAUUUCCAGUUUUGGACUUGCUAGUGAAGCCACAACCUACAACAUCCACAACACAAGAUGUUCGCUCGAACCACCCUGAGACUCGCCAGCAGGCGCACCGUCGCCAUCAGCCGCCCAUCAACUUCCAUCGCUCCUGUCACACGCGCCACCUUCACAACUAGCAUCAAGAGGAGCGACCCAGAGGUUCCCGUCGUUAGCUAUGAGGGUGGCAACCGCACCGAAGAAACCAUCCGUGUUCCGGCAGCAACAGCGGCCGGUCCAGUCACGCCACCUGGUACAGAUGAAGAGAAGAGGGCGUUCCCGCUAAAACCGUCCGUAUACGAGCACAUUACUCCAACGCUCAGCAAGUUCCUCCUGACCAACAAGGUCGCCAUUAUCACCGGCGGUGGGCGUGGUCUUGGACUCAACAUGGCCCAGGCCAUGACCGAGGCCGGCUGCCGCGGUAUCGCCAUCAUGGACGUGCAGCAAGACCUCGGAGACAAGGCGGCGCGAGAGCUUAGUGAGCAGACCGGUGUGGACGUACGCUUCUACCGUGUCGAUGUCCGCGACGGUCAGGCUAUGAGCCAGACCGUGCAGGAUGUGGUUGACCAUUAUGGCGCGCUUGACAUCCUCAUCAACGCCGCCGGCAUUGCAGACUCAAACAUCAAGGCGGAGGAGUACCCUCACGACAAGUUCCGCCGCCUGAUCGACAUCAACGUCACCGGCACCUUCCUCACCAACCAAGCAUGCGGUAUUCAGAUGAUCCGCAGUGGCAAGGGUGGCAGUAUCAUCAACAUCGCCUCGAUGUCCGGCUCCGUCGUCAACUACCCGCAAGAGCAAUCCUGCUACAACGCAUCCAAGGCCGCAGUGGUCCAGUUCACCAAGAGCGUAGCUGCCGAGUGGGCACGCUACGGCAUCCGCGUCAACGCCAUCAGCCCGGGUUACAUGGACACGGCUCUCAACCGUGUGCCGGCUCUUGAUGCGCAGAAGAGGAUCUGGGUUGAUCACACUCCGUUGAAGAAGCUCGGUGCGGUGGACGACUUGAACAGUCUCGCAGUCUACCUCGCCAGUGACGGAUCGAGCUUCAUGACUGGUAACAACUGCCUCAUCGACGGUGGCUACACUUUGUGGUAAGCCGGUAAUGAGUUGGCACCGCAGUUCAUAAUGGUUGUUCAGGCGGCAUCUUCAGCAUGGAGCGGAGGAGUUAUGGUUUAUCUUUGCUGGGGUUGCAUACAUGCGUGCCGGCGAUGCAAACUCGGGCAAUGGCGUCCGGGGCCGCAACGCGUGGUGAGCGCGCUUUCAUUGCUGCAUCACAGCGAUGCUGAUGCGACAGAGCAGGCGAAAAGCGACGUGUUCUUCGUAUGAAGUUGUCCGUCCCUAAGGGGUAGACAUAGAGCAGUCAUAGACGUUAGACAUCCUACAGCGAAUAGAUCCUAAUUCUUCCUCA